AUGGCAGGAGACUACUCAAGAACAUCAACCAGCAUUAAUGUAGCUUUUUCAUUUCAUAACACAUUUACAGAAGAUUAUGAUCAUUCUCAAGAGGAACAGAGCAGCUGGACUUCUUACUUUGAAGAUGAUCAUCUCUCAUGUUUCUCUUCUUCAUCCAUUGAUCAAAGUCUUUCUUCUGAUCUUGUUUCUUCUGAUGCUUCAAUGGAAAAUAACCCAUUUGGGAAUUUGGGUUUACUAAACAAGAGAAGGAAAAUCAUGGAAACUUACAUUGAUGAUGAAUUGGAGGACACUGCUUCUUCUUCACCUAAUUAA